CCCAAAUAUUAUGAGAAAUUACAUCGGUUUGUUUGUUUUUGUCUCCGAUUAGUCCAUUUGAAUAUCCGACAGCAGUGGAAGCAAGAGUUUCAAAAAUCUCGAAAAGUUAUGUAUUUCCUCAGAGGUUUGCAUUAUCCAUUGAGCACCUUCAUAUACCAGAGUCCAAUGAAUUUAAGGAGAUUUUCCAUUAGCAUACUCCAAUCCAAUGUUCAUACUUCGUCAAACAUUGGUGCACUACUUGUGCAAAGUAGGCGACUUUCAAUCUCCCAUGAUCUCAGUUUUCACUCAGAACAAAUGGAAUACCUCACAAUCCUAUCGUGUUAGGCUUCACCAAAUAGUAAAUUGUCCUCACCCAAUGCUCCUAUCCAAAUUACAAAGGAAAAAAAAAACUACAUAGUUUGAUCGACUCUGAUAUCAUAAAGUUGUUAUUUAGCAGACAGGUUCUGAUCCUUUUAUUGUGUAACAAAGGGCUGUUACCAUGAUUUGCCUCGAACUCUGCAUCGAAAUACAACUUUCACCUCAAACUUUCAAAUAAUACGAACAUGUAAAUUUCAAUAUAUGACCCAAUUUUUCAAGUUGAUUGUUAAUAUUACCUGUUAAGCUAUUUUCCGUCGUCAAUGACUCAACAAAUUGUGUUGACAUGGCCGCUGCAUAACUGUCAAACAGGUCCCACACUGCCGCAUAAUCAAUUGGAGCUAUGAUGUGCGUUUAUUGAUUCAAUUUGAUUUUUGACACGACUGAUUGAAUGUUGACCCCUACAAUUAACUAUUACUCUUAAUUUCAUUUCAACCCAUUUGUUUAAGCUUUCUUUCUUGUCCUUGUAUCCAUGUUUGUUGGAUUCUUCCAAGCAGAGGCUGGAUGCUGCUGCCAUUUUUACUCUGAUAAUCACUAAUCCAGCCAGAGCCAGCCAAAAAUGGCAAAAUCCCAACCCAAACUGCUAUUCUGACUUUUUGUUCUUCAUACAACAAGACAGAAACACCCUGUACAAGUGUAGACACAGCAUAUUUAUGAUUUUCCCUUGUCACAAAUUCUCGCAAAAUUCCCAGCCCUGUCCUGAGAAAUCGAGAUGCGGAUAAUGCAGAAUUGAAACUCGUCCCUCCCGAUUCUUGCCAAUCCCUAAUCAUCGAAUUUCACGGAUCGGGAAAAUUGGGUUUUCCCCAAUUUCCCCUAGUUAAUAAGUUGACGAGAACUCAAACCCAAUCCAUGCAUGCCUGCGCCCCUGCAAUCAUCUACCCAUUUCCCCCCUUUCUCUGUUUCUCCGAUCUCCGAUUCCCAUGGCGGUGGCGACCCCAGUUCCCAAUCUCUUCCGCCUCAUCCUGACGGCGGUCCUCUGUUCCGGCUUCUACUUCGUCGGCUUCUACCAGAACUUCCGCGGCACCGUGUCCCUCCCUUCCCCGCCCUCGCCCGCUGAAGAUCUGCUGGACCAUGAUGAAAAUUCCACCUCCUGUGAUUUCCCCACUCUGUUCCCGCCCCUUGACUUCCUCGCCCACCACUUCCUACCGGAAACCCCUGCCCCGGCGGCGGAAGAAACUGUUCAUAUCUCGCCGCGGAUGAAGAGUAACCAUCGGCGAGCCGGUGGCCCUUACGCGGCGGCGGAAGAGGAGGACGGGAAGGCAAAGAAGAACCCAUCUUGACAACUUAGCUUUUAGCAUCUCGUACAGAUUUCCUGUAAAACUCUGUACUGCUGACUUUUGUUUGAGUGAAACAAUCAGGCCAUUGUGUAAACAUGCGAUUGAUACAGAAAUACAGAUGUUUCAUCUCUGUCUUCAGAAUGGUACUAGUUUCCUCAGGGCUUAAGCAAUCAGAAAAGGAACCAUUUUGGCAGUUUGAAUUUUUGGCAUGUUCAUCAGGAAUUGGUACUUCCUCUGGCUUCUGAAAUGUUUCAGUUAGUCAGGUUAGUGCUUUCUGACAUGGAUUCCUUAGAGUGAGUACUGAGUAGUAAAGGAUGUGUUUUGAUUCGGGAGUAAACCAGCAAUCAAAAUAAAAAAAAAUUAAGUGAUAAUGAAUCUGCUGAAAGUGCUGUGGCUUCUACUGGUACAAGGACAAAGAACCUGCUGUAUGUUUGUGACUUUUCUUUCAUCUCUCAAUUACAAGCAACAACAAUACACACUCUCUUCUACCAUUGUAUGAACACAGAUGAUAAAACUGAUAAAACUCUUUUUGACACUGAGCGAACAACAACGGUAUACAGAUUUUACAUUAAGCUCUAGGGCACCCACUAAACUCUUCCUCAGCGACUAGCCCCUCGAGCAAGCGGUUGAUGGCCCAAUUUUUCGAAGACUCCCUACUCAUUGUAUAGGGAGCUUUAGUUAAGACCCCCAACUCCUAGGAAGACUUUUGAGGUAUAUUUGAUUUGGUUGGAUCCGGAGGAGACACCAUCAAGAGCACUGUUGGUUGCAUGAACAAUGUACAGUAGUAGACUUUUGAACCUUCCAGUUAAGCACCUUUUAGUUGGCAACUAAAAUUCAAUCAUAUUUGAAUAUAUGUUCCAAUCUCUGCAAUGCCGAUGCUUGUAGGACACUCCGAUCAAGAACAGCAGCCAUUUCUUCGACCUUGUUGGGACGCUUGUCUGUCUGCUCGAAUCGUGGUCGUCUUCGGUACUCCAGAUCCCUUUUCCAACAGGGCAGGUACUUCAAAUAUCUGAAAAAGGCACUGAGAGCUGGGUUAUUUUUGCUGAUACGAGAUUGAUGAUAUCAUAUUGGUUUAAGAGAAACAGCAUCUUGGAUAAUGGAAAUGCCACCAGGACACAAACAAAGACAACAGGAAAGUGAAAGCAACUGCUAUGAAAUCAUUUCAUCUCCUGCUGUGUACCUUUAAUAUAAGCUCUCUGAAUAGUUGCUCCACGCUUUCUCUAGAUUUAGCAGUGCAUUCGACAAACGAACACUUAAGCCCUUGUGCUAGAGCCAUCCCUUCUUCUCUGCUUACAGCGCGAUCACUGUCCUGAAGAUAAUUAUACAGUUAAUUUAACAGCAACUUCUCUCACAAUAAACCAUAUCUACAAAUGUUCAUACUAUCACCAAGCCUCCAAUAUCUCAAAGCUUGAUCACAGAACAUUUGAGUGAAAAUGGUAUAGUGCAAUGGGUCUUUGUGCACAUAGUGGCUUGUGGGCAUACAUGGUGGAUACAGCAGAUCUAAAUUUAACUGCUGAACUUACCUUGUCAACUUUGUUCCCAACUAGAAGCUUGACACACUCAUGAUUGGUAGAAUAAUGUUCCACGUCUCUAGCCCAUAUCUCCGACAGGUUUGUGAAUGUAUCUCUUUUUGUGACGUCAUAAACUAUGAGGAAAUCAAAGAGCAAACUGAUAAGACACUGAGCUUACAGUUUUCUCAUCAAAUAAAAUAAAACAUGGAUCAUCUUUCAAUUAGUAAGUGGCUUAGUAUGUCUCCAUGAUACAAUUAAGUCACUAUGAAUGAUAGAAUAAUUGAAGUAUCGAUGCAAAUCACGUGAUAGGUUACAAAAUAAAACAAAUUGAAGUUAUUUCAUUCAUAGAAACAAACAAAAGCAUCUAGUUACU